AAAGUUCAAGAAUUAAGCCCCUGUUCAAAAUUCUUGAAGAAAACGUCUUUUUCCAUUUUGGCGCUUUUUAAAACCCUCGACAUUAGCCGUAUUGUGUGCAGAGAACGAAAUAGGUAAACAAACAGCGAAAUGUAUCUCCGACACUCUCAACGGUACUCACGUAUCUGAAUGUUGUGUUUUUAAAAAUUUCGCGCCGUCGUUUUUGUAUUCGUUGAUGUGGCUCUCUUUUUCUCUCAUCCAAUGCUGGCUCUCUCACCGCACUGCGACAGAUACGAUUUUGUGCUGAGUGUUGAUGAAUUUAGAAGAAAAUCAGUCAUUGAGUACACAGCGAUGAAUAUGCAUCGUUAAAGGCGGUUACGUUACGCGCGUUGUUCUACGUUUUUGCCUCCAACACAACAAAAAAAAGAAGAAAAAAAUACAAUACAAAAGCAAAAGAGGAAGAAGAAAAGAAAAAAACACACACACAAAAAUGAAAUGAAAGAAAGAAUGGGAAAAAUUAAAAUCAAGAAAAAAGAAAAUACAAAAAAUAUACAACAACAAUAAUAAACGGUCUUUAGUUGUUGGUUGUUCGUCGGUCGUUCGUUGUGCGACUAUACUAGUAUAUUGUACAUACAUGCAUACAUACAUCCAUACAAAUAAUGAUAAUAACAGCAACAACAACAACAGCAACCAGCUAUAGCAGAAAAAAAUACAUCAUCCGCCGCAGCAGCAGCAGCAGAAAACCUACCUACAACUACAAUAAGAAAAAUAACAGCAGCAAAAAUGCAGAAGAAGCAUCAGCAGCCGCAGCAGUAAAAAAGUAAAAAAAAAUAAUUGAAAAAAAAAUUAAAAAUAAAGUAAAAUAAAAAAAAGAUGUAUAAUUAAAACAAUUUAAAGAGCAAAAAAUAUAAAUAAAAUAAACAAAUUACCACACACCACGAUACCGACAAAAGAAAAUUAAGCAAAAUUAAUUACACAAAAAUUAAAUAAAAAUAAAAAACAUAAGUUUCUUGUGAAGCCAAAAAAAAAUCGAAAAAUUAAAAUUUAAAUAAAAAUCAAUAUUGAAUUUAUCCCCCACAAGAGAGUGAAAAAAAGAAGAAAAUUUUGCCAAUAAUUUCCAAAAUCAUUCUGUGUGAGUGCUGAUGAGAAUAGAAAAAAUAAAAAUAAAUUGCUAAAGAAAAUAAUUAAAUUGCUGCUUGAAAAUUUAUUUUUUAUUGGAAAAGGAAAUAGCAAAAAGAGAAUUUGCGAAAAGCGAAAAAGAAAUGCAAAAUUUUAUCUACAAGCAAAAAAUUUAUAUCUAAGGAAAAGUGCAUCUCAAAGAAAAGAGAGAAAAUAAUUAAAUUGCAAAGCAGUGUAAUGAAAAAUAAUUAUUAAAGGAAAUAAAAUAUAUAAAAAAUAAUAAUUAUUGUAAAGUGGAAAUUACAAGUGCAUUUUGCAACAACAACAAGCAGGAGAAGGAGGAAAAUCCAAUUGGAAUCGGAAAUAUUGGAAAAUAAAUUUUUCUAGUGUGGAAAUAUCUUACUUCUGCAGAAGCUCUCUCUCUCCACGAUGCCCCAAGGAUUAACGAAUUGUCCCCGUUACGCCUACCUCUAGCCACAACGGACGUGAAUCGAAGCAAAAAAAACGUUCGAUUUGUUACGGUACGGUACGCGUCUAGCUAGCUUUUCGAUACGGUAUAAAGCUGCUCGAAAAACGCUCGCGCCAAUAGAUCGUCGCAAUUUCAUUAAUCGUGUAAUCGUAACGUAAAGUUUGCGUACCUUACUUGAAAAUGUACGGCGUGAUAACGUAGACGCGGCUGGCUAUAAAAAUGUUUUCGAUGCGAAAUGUUGUUAAGAAUUGAAUUUGGGAAAAUUUGAGUUAUAAUAAUAUCGAAAAUCAUUGCCGAUAAAAAGAAAAUAAAAAUCAUUCUACAUGGCAAGAAAAAAAGUGUUAAUAUUUCCAUAAUUAAAAAAAUCAAUGCAAAAAAAUAUAUAAGAAAUAUAUAAAAUAUAUUAAAAUAAAUAUAUAAAAAAUUGCAAAUAAAUGCAAUUAGUGCAAAAGAAAAAUAAAAAAGUUUUAAAUAAAAUCGCCACCAGAGAAAUUUAAAAAAAAAUCGAUUUCUAACGAUUUAAUGCCAAAGCCGCUGUAUCGCUGAUAUUCACAACAACACAAAUAUAAAGGAUACACCCCGCCCCCUCCCCCAUUGCAAGAAAAAAGGAUAACCAUUUUAUUUCAGCUGAAUGGGUUUGGAGUGCGCCCAUUUAAAAAAUAAUUCGCCUCCAUGAAGUUUCACAAACGAAAAUGGUACGAGAGACCAACAACGUCUGUUUUGGACAAAUAGCCCAAGAAACGCAAGUUGUUGUGCGCGAGGAUAACAAGCGAGAUCAUUUGAAACGGUCUACAGAAGACGUAUCACCACCGAACUUUUCAGAACGGAACAGUGGCUAUUAUGAACGUAACUCCCGUUUAGUUGCUGACACCGAUUCCUAUUUAAGACGUUCCAAUAGCAAUAAUACAAUUAGUAAUUAUCAAAGCAGUAGUAAUUCAACAUCCAAUUUAGACAACAGCAGAAGCCGAACAAGAGACAGAGUAUACAGAAAUGGUCCUUAUGCUACAAGUGGUGGUUUGUCAUCAUCCAGUUCGUCUGCAGCAACGACUAUAUUGAGUGAACGAAGCUCAAGUGGUGGCGCUGCAAGCAAACACAACAAUAACAAUCGUGUUCCGCCUGCGUCAUGGUACGAAGCUGCUGCGACGUAUACAAACGGUCCUGGUGGCAGUGGCAAUGCCGACGUCUCAGCAGCAAAUAUCAACAACCAUUAUCAAACUGCCGCCUCAACAGAUACGCAAGCAGCAACAGCAACACAAGUGUCUACAGCAAAUUCCUCUACAAACAAUCCCACUGCAUACAACGCAUAUUCAUACGUUUCUUCACCUGCCCACAAGAACAACAGCAAUUCAAGUUUAUCGUCAACAGCGACGACAGCAUCGUCGUCGUCGACAACUGCAGCCUUCAAUACACCACGAAACAAUUCAGCGUCGUACGGCAACGCAUCAAGUGCUGCAGGACACAGUGGUGGCUACUAUCAUCAUCAACAGAGAGACAACGACUCCGGCACAGACGGAAAUCCGUUGUUAAAUAAAAAUAAACAUAAACUUUUAAAGUCCUGCUCCUCAUCAUCACGCAGUGGUUCAGCGUCACCAACAUCAUCAGCGGCAACGGCAGGAGUGGUGGCAUCAUCAACAAUGACUUCAUCCUCGACAUCUGCCGCUUCCGCCGCUAAUACCACCUCAAAUUCUUCGUCGUCAUCAUCAUCAACAGCAGCAGCAUCGGCCAACAACAAUAACAACAACCAAACGGCAAAUAAUAGUAGUUGUAGUAGCAUUAGUAGUACAAUCAAUAGUAGUAAUACAAAUAAUCAUAAUAAUAGUUUACUAACGUCGUCGUCGUCAUCAUCGUCGACUGCAGCAGCAAAUGCAGGAGACAGUAGUAGAAACGUUAGCGGGAUUCUAAAUGCCGCUGCGUUGGCGGCAGCCGCCUCUAAUGGCAGUUCAUCAACAGAUGGCCACCACAAUCACAAAGGUAGCAGUAGCAGCAGCAAUAAUGUACAUUCAAAUUCUACAUCGUCGAAUGCCAACUCCUCCUCCACUUCCAACAAUCCUUCAACAUCCGCCUCGCAUCACACAUCUCGUGCAGCGGUCCAUGCGCAUCUGCACGGGCGCAGUACCACAUCGUCAAGUCGUUCGCAUUCCCGAUCGCCGAGUAGCUACAGUUCUUCACAUAGUUCUUCCUCGUCGUCCUCAUCCACUGCCUCGUCACACUCUCAUGCCUCAAGUCCGGUGGGUGGUCGAGAUGUCGAGACAAGUACGUCUACAGCUCCGGCGGGGCGAGGAGGGUCACGAAGCCUUCAAUCUGCCGUGGCGGUGCCGGGAACAUCGUCGGCUUUGAAUCCCAGUGGCUCAAAUGCCUGCAGCAGUAGUAGCAGCAGUUCGAGUUCUACUGGUUCGGGAACGCCAUCUACAAAUCCCGUUGUACAUUCCGAAGACAAUCGGCCAUUGGCGAUACGUGUGCGAAACUUGCCGGCUCGCUCUUCAGACACAUCACUAAAGGACGGUCUUUUCCAUGAGUACAAAAAGCAUGGCAAAGUUACAUGGGUAAAGGUGGUGGGGCAAAAUGCUGAACGCUAUGCUCUAGUUUGUUUUAAGAAACCUGAAGAUGUGGAAAAAGCUCUUGAGGUUUCUCAUGACAAGUUAUUUUUUGGAUGUAAGAUCGAGGUAGAACCGUAUCAGGGUUACGAUGUGGAGGAUAACGAAUUUCGUCCCUACGAAGCCGAAUUGGACGAGUACCAUCCAAAAUCUACACGUACCCUAUUCAUUGGCAAUCUGGAAAAGGAAAUUACCGCCAGUGAACUGAGGCUGCACUUUGAGUGCUUCGGCGAAAUCAUAGAAAUCGACAUUAAAAAGCAAGGCAUGUCCGCCUAUGCAUUCUGUCAGUAUUCCGAUAUUGUAUCUGUGGUCAAAGCCAUGCGCAAAAUGGAUGGCGAACAUUUGGGUAACAAUCGCAUAAAGUUGGGCUUUGGCAAAUCAAUGCCUACAAAUUGUGUUUGGAUCGAUGGUAUUGGCGAGAAAAUCUCUGAGUCGCAUUUGCAAUCUCAAUUUUCGAGAUAUGGUGCGGUCAGUAAGGUGGUGAUAGACCGGCAAAGGCAACUGGCUUUGGUGUUAUACGAGCAAAUACAAUAUGCACAGACAGCAGUAAAAGAGAUGAGAGGAGCAACACUGCGAGGCCGAAAGUUGCAGGUGGACUUUGCUUCCAGAGAAUGUCAGGAUGCAUUUUAUGAAAAAUUGGAAAAGCAAGCUGCAGGAUCUCGUUUUAGCCGCUACGAAUCACAGUCACGUUCCCGCGCUUCAUCAUUCAGCCGACAUCAGAAUUCGAAUGAUGGCUGUUCCCCCAGCAAUACGCCUGGCAGUAGCAGCAGUAGUAGUGCUGGCAUACCACCCUCAGCGCCUACACUGUCAUCAGCAAUUGUUGCCGGUUCGUCCAUAAAUUCCAAUCCAAGUGGUACCACCUUACCAUCUGUUGUGGGACAAGCUUCAGGUAACACCACGCCAGCUCGUAGUCGGGGAUCUCGCAGUUCCCGUCACACAAUGGACUACGAUUAUAUCGAUACCCGAAGAUUUCGAUCAUAUGACGAAUAUAGUCAGGGAUCAGGAGCUUCGCACGACGAAGAUGCAAUCAUGUCAAAUCACCCGACAUCAUCAUCCAAUGCGAACUCUUACAGUGGGAUCGGUUUAAGGUCUGAUUCACCAUUGUUAUCACGGCUGGGUCCUAUUGUAAACAACAGUAGUGGUAAAGAGUCCAAUAGUGAUAUGUUGGAGAUGGCUUUAAGUCGUCGACGUUGUGAUAAAAGUCCUGCAAAACAAAAAGGUGAUGUACGAUUGUUUCAAAAAGAACGUGCAGUUUUGUUGGAACAGCUCGAAGAGUACCCGUCCAGUGGAGAUGAAAGCAUAGUAAGCCCGCGCAAGCGUAUAAAAAUUGAUCAUCAUUCCAUUAAUUCCAGCAGUGGAUUGUCACAGUCUCAUUCGUUGGAAGAACAAACACAACAACAAAACAAAAACUCAAACUGUGAUUAUCUUCUAAAUGAUUCGUUGCAUCGCAAGGGUGAAGUAAGAAGACUAUCGGAAUGCAGUAACAGUCUCAACAAAUACCAACAACAAGCAAAUCAUCACCACCACUCGCAUCAUUCAAUAAAUCCUCAUCACCACCAUCAUCAACAGCAACAUCAGUUGAGUCGCCGACCGUCCAUUGAUUAUAUGGCGACCGGAGGUGGUGGUGGAGGUGUGGGUGCAAGUUCCAGCAUAGGAGGUGGCAGUGGCAAUUUAUCCACACGGCAUGGUAGUACAAGCAGUUCAAAUAGUGACCAUCACCCGCCACCACAUCAGUCAUCGUCAUCAUCAUCUUCUCUGGCAUGUAAAAGAAGACGGGUGAUUGGAAGUAGUGGAAGCAGUAGUGCUCUGAGUACAAAUGCCGCAUUAAUUUCAUCGGGCUCCUCCAGUGGUAACGCAAACUUGGCGUCGUCGUCGUUCGGCAGUGGUGAUGAUUUCCAUCAUCAUGCCUCUCGAGGUCGUGGUCAUCAAUUACAUUCCCAUCACUCACACGAGGCUAGCGGCGGUGAAAGUGCUGAUGGUUCACGACCUGGUACACCGUUGUGCGACGAAAGGCCAGAAGUUUUACCUAGUGAACCGCGUAGAGUACCACGUGAACGACCACGAGAGCCGAUGGUACUGCCAUUGCCCAAAUUUGGCAUUCUGUUCUUUCAACAAUAUCGUAGCAACAAUGGCUCGUCUUCGAAUAUGGGUGCGACGACAUCCUAUCAUCAUCAUCACAGCAGUAGUGGUUUUGCAAGUUCUUCAACUGCUUCUGCUGCAGUUGGUAGCACCAACUCCGGUAGUUCGCACAUGCUGUCAAACAGCUUAUCGAAUCGUGGAGUUGGAAGCGGCGAAGGAGGAAUUAACAGUAAUCAUUCUAGUCAUAGUUCUAUAACAUCGGCGACAUCCUCAGCAACAACCACAACAACGCCUGGAUUACAGACAACAUCAUCAUCAUCUGGUGGCGGAUGUUAUUUGCCCAGUCCAUCGUCACGAUAUCAGCCCUGGCGGCCACAUACUCAUCAUCACCAUCAUCACGGUAGCGGUGGGCAUCAUGGUGGUGGCGCUACACCCUCGUCGUCAUCAUCAAUGGUUAGUCCGAUGAGAUCACGUUCUCUCAGCUCGAAUUCCAGUGAUUCUGAUGUAACUGGCCAAGCAAGCGGUAGCCCUUCAUUGGAAGAACGUAUACGUACUUUGGACGAGAUGUACGAGCGUUGGUCGGGCGGCGGUAGUUCAACCACUGCUGCAGCGUCAAAUGUGGCCAAACGCCACGAUUUCAGUAAUACACCACCGACCUGGCAACAUCAUCGUUCUUCUUCACAAACCGACCUGCAUCAUUCGGCAACCACAGCGGCAACGUCGGCCGUCACAUCAUCAUCUACGGGUGAUGUACGGCAGAGCAGUGGAACGCCUUCAACACCCGCCAGUCGUCACAAAUUCCUCGAUAUUGAUGUCAAGGAGAUACAACCGUCGGAGAUUGUCAAAUCGGUUUUGGCGAAAAAAUCGAUAUUUGAUGAUGAUCUGCAGCGUUUAAAGAAAAAUCAUUGGUAUGAACCAUCGACUGAUUCUUCUCAAAUGGCGAAGAAUGCCGUAGGUGUUUGUACUUCGCCGGGACUGCCAAAUUUACAGGCCACAAAGACGCCGGUAGUUGGAAACACGUUGCCCAUGGCAUCGGCGGGGAAUACCACGAACAAAACAUCUGGUGCCCUAUUACAGCGUUUAACUAGCCUGUCGCCCAUGAACUCACCUCAGGCGUCGAUGUCACCGUACAACAGUCCAUCCAUGUCUCCAUCUGUUAAUAGUUCAUCCACUCUGUCCAGUCUACAGACAGGAGCAAAAACGACAGCGACAUGUAGCAGUGGAAAUACAAUGGCUUCGCCUUCUCCUGUUUCCUCUGGUUGUGCAACGGGAGCUGGUACUCCACCAGCUCCAACAACGGCGUCGAGCGGCAGCAAAUGUUUGCAAUAUCCAUUCCCAACACAUCCACCAUUGCCAAACACUGCAGCUCCUUCGCCAAACAAUCAACCAAUACCACCUCCGCCUGCAGAAAUGUCAAAACCACCUCCCCUGCCUCCUAUGGAAGUCCAUCAACCACCUCAACCUCCGCCAGUGACUGCAGCCUCGUUGACGACACCUACAGCGCCGCAACACACGGUGAAUGUUACUUCAAAGCCAAAGACAUCAACUCUAUCGAAAAGCUUGAGUGUACCAACAGCCGUUGGACCCGCACCGACAUCAGCUCCCUCGGAGUCGCCUCGUACCCUCACAAAAUCAGUAUCAGUUCCUGGCAGUACAAAUGUGGGAACCAUAAAAACAACAGCAGCUACAGUUUCUGUAGAACAAAAGCAGCAGCUGAAAAUGCAAACCGGUAACAGUUCCUCCACUGAAACGAAAACAACAACAGCAAGUAACCCCACUUCAGUUUCCACAAUAUCCGAAACUGCAGGUGGUGGUAGUAAGCGUAGUGACAACAAUAAAUCGCACAAACAUAAUCAUCGCAGCAGCGAUGAAAAGAAAUCAUCCAAAAGCGAUAAACGGAAAAAUUCCAACUCAUCUCAAUCCCAAAUCUCACAAGUUUCGGCGGCAGAGUCAAGUGAUGCGGACGAAAGAGAUUUCGUCGAACACCGCAAAGAACGUGAAUCCUCCAGCCGUUCGGAAAAGCAGAAGGAACGCCAAGAAAAACGCGAAAAAGAAUUGAGAAAGCAACAAGAAAGGGAAGAACGUGAACGAGAAGAACGCGAAAGGGAAGAGCGAGAAAGACUUGAAAAGGAACGCCUUGAAAGAGAGCGAUUGGAAAAAGAACGUUUGGAGCAGGAAGAACAGGAGCGUGUGCAACGAGAAAAGGAACGUUUACGCAAAGAGGAGGAAAAGGCGCGCGAAGAACGUGAACGGAAAGAGCGCGAAGAGAACGAGCGCAAACUAAAAGAACAACAGCAACAAAGAGAGCGCGAGAAAAAAGAACGCGAAGAAAGGGAACGCAAAGAGCGUGAGGAACGCGAACGAAAGGAGCGAGAAGAGCUGGAGCGGAAGGAACGCGAAGAAAACGAAAGACGUAAACGUGAAGAACAAGAAGAGAGACUGCGAAAAGAAAGAAAAGAGCGUGAAGAAAGUGAACUGCGUGAAAAAGAGAGGCUUGAAAGGCAGCGUUCACGAGAGGAAAAAGAACGUGAACGUAAACUGCACGAAGAAAUCGCUAAUGAAAAGCGCGAACUUCACAGCUCCAAGGAAAAUCAUCGCAGAAAAGAAAACCCGUCUUCCGUUCUUCAACAGGAACAGCAAACAAAGGGCGGCAAUGCUAGUAAUGAUCUAUCCUCCAGCGGUGGUACAACUUCCAAUCAAACUGGGGAUCACAUUCGACAUGGUGAAUCAGAGAAGCCUAAAGAGAGCUCCACAACUGGUGAAUUUGCUGCUACUACGGCUGAAUCUGCAUCGGGAGCUAGCAGUGGAAAACAUAAAAAUCGCAAAACAUCGCGAAAUACAUCGCCAGUGCGGCACCCGAAACGUAGACUUAGCAGCCAGGAUAGCAAUGCCAGCAACAGUGGUGGUAACGCCGAAUCUGCCGAAGCCCAUGCAGAAGACGCCAAGCGCAUGCGUAUUGAUACACACUCGACUCCUUCGUCCCAUGUUGCUAAUAAUCACGCAAGUAAUGCCGUGUUGAACGAGAAGCGGGAAUCAAAGGAACAACAACACCACAGCAAAGAUAGAAAUAACAAACACAGUCGUUUGUCAUCGUCAUCAUCAUCGAGCCACCGAAUCAAUUUGGCUACUUCCUCGGAAAAGGAACACAAUGCAAAACAUCAUCGCAACAAACAUCAUCAUCAAAAACAGCAACAACAACAAUCGUCAUCACAAACUGAGCAACAAAGUAGUAAUACACUUUCUGGAGAAUCGACAGAAGUGACAACAAAUGCCAUAAAAUCGGAGGGUGGCGAUAAAGUUGCAACAGUUAAAAUCGAAAAUGAACCAAACAAUUCUGACCACGAAGUGGAAACUACUAAGACGAAAUCAAUCUCCUCUGAGGAUGAAGAAACAAGUCACCAUCAACACAGUUCUACAAAUAAACCAGUUUCUGGGAGUGGCGGUGGUGGUGGUCACAAACACAAAGAGCAUGGUAGUGGUGGAAGCCACCACAGUCGCCACAAAAGUGGUAAACGAGAUCGUGAACACCAUCGAGAAAAGAAACGGCAUUCCACACCUGUUAUUGCAGAUGCCACACCAGCUGCAACAAAUGAGGCACCCACAGCAUCCACCGGCCAAUUUCCAGUGUCAGCCAAUAUUAGCAAUGUGGCGGCAACAGAUGACGAACACAUCUCUUCAUCAGUUGAAUCGGUCGCGCCAAAACGAACAUCGUCGAAUAACAGUGGAAAUUCAAUGGAAACUCAAACAAAACCAUCUCACAAAAGUGAACAUGUCACUGAGCGGAAACACUCACGCGGUUCGGAGGAACCACCACAGACACCUUCAAGUCGUCAAUCUUCCGCCUACAAUAAGAGCACACCCCAAUCUGGGUCACGGAAAAUUCUUCUUAGCUCUGCUGAAGAUACGGAUGGCGGCGGCGGUGGUUUAGGUUGUGACGAUGAUGACGACGAUUCAGAUUCAAUGAACAGAAAGCAUUCAAUAUUUGAUAUACCCGAUGAGGGGCCAUAUGUUUCCAUGUAUGACAAGGUUAAAGCUAGAUCCUGCAAGAAUAUGCAGAAGCAGGAAGAAGAGAAAAAGAUCAAAGCCAAAUUCUGUCAACUGAAACAAUCCAGGGCCAAGAGGGAGGAGAAGAAACGCUCAACAAGCUAUGACGGAGAUUCCGAUUCAGACUUUGAUAAUUCGGGAGAUAUGUCGUCACACCAUCACCGCAGCGGUAGUCAUCAUAAUCGCAGUGGUGGCGGUGGCAGUUCAUAUAAAAUGCUUAGCGGGGCGUUAACCUCAAGCGAUGAUGAUCAGGAUCAACGCGAUGGCCAAAAGUCUCCCUGUGAAGAGAGAAGACGAAAUUCCCAGGCAUCAUCAUCAGCCGCAUCCACGCAACCCAAUCGCCUCUGCUCGGACUCGGAUGAUUCGGAAAUACAAAGAGGCCUAAAGUUGCAAGACAACAUCCGCAGAUUGUGCGCUGUUGAUGACAGUUCCGAUGAUGAUCUGAUACGCCGCAACAGUACAAGUGGCGGCAGUAAACGUUUACUCCACCACACAUCGCGCAUAGCAUCGGAUUCAGAAUCUCAGUCUCAGCCGCCAUGUGAUAUCAAACUGAAACAGGAACCCAUUGAAACAUCUAACGAUGAUGGCACCUCAACACCGAUUCUAAAACAAAUGAAAUACAAAAUAAAGAAGGAAGAAGUUGAGAACAUGGAAACAUCUGCCCAUGCCAGUGCCAUUGAAUCGUCGGAUUUCGAUGACAUAAAACCGAAACAUCUGAAUUUACUUCAUUCCAAUACAAGUGAGGCUGAGACAUCAAUGUUGGCCACAAUAAAGAGUGAAUCGAAUGUCCUAACAGUGAAUGAGAUCAAAAAGGAAUAUAAGGACUUUUAUGGUGACGAUUAUGUUGAGUCGUCUGAAGACAAAUUCCAAAAAUCGGAUCAUGGCAAAAUUAAAAAGCACAAAAAGAGCAAAAAACGCCAGAAGACACCAACACAGGACGGCGUGGGAUUGGUUGUGUCAACGGCAAAGGAAUCACUGUCAUCCGUUGAUAUGCAGAAAAGUUCAGGCACAUCAACAGUUGCUGGCGUCUGCAGUGAUGGCGGACUUGACACCACCACGACAACGACAACAACUAAAUCCAAUGCAAAGAAUGUUAGUCCCCAAAAUGUGGUUAAACAUUUGCCAACAUCACCUAACUACGAUCCAUUUGAUGAGCUAAAGAACUCAGAGCCAUUAAAUCCUCACAUUCUAAUGACAGAUUCACAUGUGGCGACAGUUGGUGAAAAGAAGCGUCACAAGGACAGAAAGGAAAAGAAGAGGGAAAAAUUACGUCACAUGAGUGCCGAUAUUGGUGGCCAAGGCAUUGAAAUGGACAAGCUUUAUGAAAAGGAAAAGCAUCAUCGCCUCAAGAAGUCCAAGAAAUCCAAGAGUUUAGAUAUGAUUCGACAAUUAGCAAGCCAAAGUUCGGGAAUGAGUUUGCAAAUUCCGGGCUCAGCUUCCUCGCCCACCAGUGGCGGUGGCUGUAGUGAUGGCUUUACCACAUCUCAACAAAAACAGAGAAGUGGCGAGAAAAUGGAAGACAUUUUCGGUCCCAUAUCCGACGAGGAAGAAGAAAUGACGGACAGUGACAUUGGCGCUGGUAGAGAUUUGAAUUGUCUUCCAAAUCGCAAUGCCUUGACAGCCAAUGUGACAGGACCCAUUGUUUCCGCAGCCUUGAAUCCCUACAAACAAGAACCCCUGACACCGAAAUCACAUACCGUGGAAGAAAACGAGGAGAACAAGCAAAAAUGUCCCUCAUUAAGCGGUCCGCCAUCUCACAUCGAAAGAUCUGUUGAACGACAGCAUCGCAAAGAGAAGAGAGAGAAGAAGCGUAAGGAUCGCGAGAAAUCACGGGGCUCUGGCCUGGAUCAGAGUAUGACGGUGGUUGCAACCGCAGCACAAUUUAUGCCAUCACCUGCAGCAGUUAGUAGCACAACAACUCCCGCCAAACCUUUGGAGGAUGAAAAUAGCGUUGAUUUAGAUGCAGCAGGACGUGCUCUCGAAGCCCAACUUAUGGAAGAUUCGGAUAAUAAAGCUACCGAGGAUGCAACUCCUUCAACGGCUACAACUUAUCGCAGUGAUAUGACCGACGUGUUCCGUUUCUCUGAUGGAGACGAAAACUCAUUAGAGGUAACGGGAAGUUCAGCUCCAACCAGUAAACAUGAGAAUCGAGAUGUGAGCGGCGGCAUGGCGGAGAAGGAACAUGCUACGAACAUUAGCCUGAACAGUGGCAUGAAAACCAAGAAGAAAAAGAAGAAACGUUCCAAAGAAGAGAAACAGCUACAUCAUCAACAAAGAAGAGAAUCUUCAUCUUCGAAUGCAUCUCAACAUGCCACGAAUGCAUCCCAAUCCGCAAGCACCGCAAAAUUAACCAUAGAUAUUGCAGCAGCCAAUAAAAAUGCCCAGAAAUUGGCAAACGAGGAGCAUGGCGAACAGUCCUCCACCACCAAGACCUCGCCCCUGUGUAAACCAUCACCCAGUUUGCCGUGUCUGAUCGGUGAUGAUGACGAGGAGAUUCUGCCAAGCACCACCACCCAACCACCGGUGAAGACAACACCCAACACGUCAUUGACUUGUGCAACUGCUUGCACUACACCACAUCGAUCUUCAUCAAAGGAUUUACUUUCGCUUUCUCCCCACAUGAGAGGUGAUAAACAAAUGAUUAGCCCCAUACCAAAAACUCCAACGAUAAGCAAUACUAGUGGCCUUAAUUCAAUGGAGAAUAUGAAAAAAUUAACACCAACAACUCCUACCUCAUCUACAAUGGACAGCAGUACUCACAAUACUAACGCCAUCAGCACAACACCAACGUCUUCCACAGUCGGAAAUGCCGCAGCCAAUGCUGCUGCUGCUGGUGCUACCACGACGAGCACUUUGAAUAAAUCAACUGAUUCCACUACCUCUUCCACAACAUCAACAACAUCGAAUGCAAUGGUCUCUCCCACCACAACAUCAUCGCUCACCUCGUUGCCCCCAACACAGAAGAAAAAACCAGACAUCUUCAUACCCGGCUUUGAUGGGGAAAUCGAUGAAAAGAUAAGCGAAUCUGCAGUGCAAUCCAUAUCGGCCGAGUUUAAUCCGCCUCUAGAUCCCACGGCUGAUGAGCCAAAAAUACCUGUGGAAUCUCCGCCAGACGCCUCUAAAUUGGAAAAACUGGAAGAGUCGAAAUCACGUGUCACCAUAUCACAGGAGGAGACGGAAAGUGCUGUUUCUGCUCUGUUGGGUGAAAGCUUUGGAAAUUCUUCGGCUGACUAUUCGUUUGACGACGAUGUACCUUUGGACGACUUAAAUAGUGUAAGUGCAGAGCCCGAACCGGUCAUGAUGACACCGGCCGAGCCCGACGAAGAAGCAGCCCUUGCCGCCAAAGCCAUCGAGUGUGAGGUGGAAAGUAAUCCCGUCACAGAUGUGGUCGUUGAAGACACCGAUGCCGAAGAGGUGUGCAAAGCUAUACAAAGCCUGCGCCAGGAAGAGUUGGAACUCAAAUCGGCAGAUACACCACAGUCUGUACGUGAUCUUCAAAUCGACACAGAUACCGAGGAGAAUGCCGACGAGGCUGACAGCAGUGGUAGUCAUAGUUUGAAAAUCGAUGAGACGGCCCAAUCCAAUAAUAGUAGCUCGCUAUCAGAGAAGGCUCAAAACAAUACCACCUCUAUAUUGUCCGAUACCCAAGGGGACAAUCAACAAAUGAGCGAGAGGGCAACAGAAGCCAAAACAAUGCAACAACAACAACAAUCUUCUGUUAUAACAAAGAUGGAAUCGACUGCUGGCAAUGUGGCACAAGUUUCCGGGGAACCAAAAUUGGAACCACCAACCAUUUCGAAACAAGAUCAGCCAGCUGUGCAACCAGUGCAGUCUGUUAUACCAGCAACGACGAAUGAGACAAUCACCUCUGUUGUUGUUAGCUCGGUGGGUGCGUCUGCAUUAAUGACUUCUUCAUCUUCUACAUCAUCGAUGACAUCCGGUCCAGCGACCACAAUCUCUUGCACAUCUACACCCACAAAGACAUCCAUAACAUUUGCCCCAUCGGCGACAACAUCUUCAACACCCAAACAACAACAAGCUCUCCAAUCUCCCCAUCAGGCAACAAUCAUUAAGCCGUUGUCUUUGCCCCAGACAACCACCAUGACCCCGGCUACAAUGGCUUAUGUUAUGCAACCUCCCACCAUUAGCAUUCCCGAUCCGACACCACAUUUUGUAGUGCCGCAAAUGGUGUUGUCACCACAUGGAGUGGUAACAGCCACAAAUGUCCAUGAUUCGUCCGCCUCUUCUUCAUCAUUGUCCUUGACAUCAUCGACGGCCAUUCAUUCACCACAAUCUUCGGGAAUUCAAAUGCCGCCACAGUCACCACUUAGUACGGCUUAUAUAAUGGGCAUGCGAGCCCAAUCACCCCAUAGUCCGCGUAAUACCUCGCGUGGUAACACACCAACGCCAAGGCAGCAAAGUCCCCAUACGCCCACACCACCACCUCCAGUUACAAUUUCAAUGGCAUCACAACAAAACAUUUUAAUCCAAAGGGGAGGUGGUUCAGUGCAUCAGCAACAAUCUCAGAUGUCUCCGAACAACUCUCAGUUGAUGGUGGGAACACAGUCGGCGGUGGCAAUGAAUAGCCCCAUGGCCAGUCCCAACUCAACACAAUCCCCACGGCAGCAGCAACAACAACAACACCUGUUAACAUCCACAUUGCAGAAAAUGCCUCCGCACAGUUCGCCGAGCGGUGGUGCACCAGAGCAACAUAUGAUCAAGAUUAACAACUAUUCCACGCCGCCAAUGCAAACGGCGAAUGUGGUGAGCAUACGCAUACCGCCACCUCAAAAUGCCCAAAAUCCUCAACAAUGUUCACCCCACGCUGGACAGCAACAACAGGUGGCGACGGGUGGAAAGCCUGCCAUUGAACAACACCAGCAACAACAUUCACAUCCCAUAGGACAGCACAUUUUACCAAUAUCGGUACAAAAAAUGCCACCUGUUCCUUCGCAUCCGACAAUAAUCAGCAAGGUGGUGACGGUCACGCCACAGCAGGCUCAGCAAUCCACAAUGCCGCCUCACAGUCCUGGUGGUCUACAAAAUCAACAGAACUCACCAAAAUCUGCAGCGGUUUAUUCUCCGCCAUCUCCCAGCUCGAGGCACUCUCCACAAAUUAUACAGCAAAUGGGUAAUAUUUCGGUGCAGCAACAACAACAGCAGAGCGUCCAAGCACAAAUACAAAUGAUACAACAACAAAGGCAACAACAGCAACAUCACCAACAACAGCGACAACAAAUGCAUCAGCACAUAAUGCAAAUGCAGCAUCAACAAAUGUUCCAUCAACAACAGCAACAACAAAAAAUGCAGCAGCAGCAGCAGCAGCAACAACAAUAUGUUGCCAAUCAACAGCAACAACGCGGGCCAAUGAAUUCGCCUCAACAACUGAUGCCGCCUCAGCAACAUCAGCAUCUCCAACACACCCAGGCUCCACAGCAGCCAACAAUGCAUCAGUUGCAAUCACAUCAAAUAAAGUCCCAAUAUCAGCAGCUACAUCCAUCGUCUGCAUCACCCCAGUCGCCGCAUGCUUCAUCCAGCAGUACGCAGCCAACGGCACAUGCAAGCAAUCAACAGCCGCAGCAAAAUGUUAUACAAACACCAACAACACCGCAACGAUUUUUGGUGCAGCAACAUAUUGUGGGGAUUCCCCAUUUGCAGACGCCGCAAUCGCAGCAACAACAGAAUAUUGCCAUGCAACAACAGCAAAGAUCUUCACCCACCAUGCAGCAGCAACACCAACAAUCCAAUGUUGUGUUUGGAAAAUCGCCACAGCAACUGCAUCUGCAGUCCUUGCAACAGUCUCCCAGUAUGGCAGGACAACAACGUUCACCAGUUCCAACUGGAGCACAACAAGAAACAUCGACUGCAACCCCUGUUGGCCUAACCGAAACAGUGUCUCGUAUUAUCGUCUCAACACCACAAACAUCUGCUCCCACAGUUGCUGGACAAACAACAGCAGCAACAACUGGUGAUAAUAACGGAGUCGCCGCUACUCAACCAAAACAUGUUGAAAAUGUUUCAGUAAUCAGGACUCCAACUCCCACAAAUAUUGUGGCAUCAACUGUCACGACAACGGCAGCAACAACCACAUCAACAAUUGUGGCCCCACCUACACAACAUGUUAAUAAGGAGACUACUGUCCCGGUGGUGGCGUCAUCAACAAAUAACAGUGCUCCAGCGAAUAUAUCGGCUGCUGAGCCAGCUACUUCACUCACAAGGGCCUCGCCCAUAACAGCUACAGCUGCCCUGACGGAAGAGAAUAUCACCAAAAUAUCGCCACCCAAACACGAUGAAAUCGAACAGGACUCCAAAGAGGAUAGUGAUUAUUGGUCAGCCAAGGAAUUGAAUGUGGUGGAGCCUAACAGUGGUGGAGGUGCCACAACUACCAGCAGUUUGGCUGCCAGCAGCGUUAUCAAGAAGAAUGAUAAUGCAAUGGCGACCUCAACCUCUGUGGCAACACCUUCAACAAAUACGCUUCCAAUCAACACUAACCCAAGCAAACAGCAACAACAACAGCAAAACGCUGCUGCAACAACAAUUGAAGAUGCAAAGGCAGCAGCUAAGUAUCCUCAAACUCAGCCCACAAAAUCUACCACAGAUGUGCCACAUGCCAAAACUAAUUCAGGGGACACAAUUAGCACUGUGCCAGAACCUGUGGCUCAGACACAGCCACCUACAUCAACGGCGUCUUACAAUGUGAAUCCAGCGAAUUCCUCAUCGGCAACUACGGUUAACACCGAUCAUGACACAGAGGAUGAAACGGAGACACAACAAAUGCCAGCAUUUGAACAGAUCUCGGUACAAGGUAGACCCAAUACUCGGGGUACCGGAGCUAAACGUGGUCGCCAGCCAAGAGGUGGCAAAAAGGCAGCAGCUGUUAUACCAAAUGCUACACCUGCCGUUGCUGCGAAUCAGUUGCAAGAUAUUAUACCACCAUCUGGCAAUGCAGCAGGAGUUCAAACACGUUUGAGAAAACCCAAUGCUGCAACACCAGCAACAAGAGGUCGCAAAGGUAGGCCACCAAGGAAUUUGCUAUUACAGCAACAGCAGCAACAACAACAAGAGUUGCAAACUCCCUCGACGGUACCAUCUACAAAUGUGGCAGGUACCACUGGUGCUUCCUCUUCAGUAACUGGGCCAUCGGUAUUAACGGCAGCCGAAAAGAAGGCAAGAAGUCAAGCUGCAUCAGCAGCAGCAACAUUGGCUUCACUUUCAGAGGUUCAUCAUCACAAUAAAAGCGAUGUUUAUGAAUUCCAUGACGAUUCUGGUGAAGAAAGUGGCAAAUCAGGCAGCGGAUCAGCGGCACCAUCAAGCUCUUCAGUGGCUAGCAGCAUAGUAAGCGGUGUUGACAAUCGGCCGCGUUUGAUUUUAACCAUAAAAAGUCCACAUAACCCCACGCCCGUGGUCAAGACCAGCGAGAAAAUUGCCAAUGAGCAACAGCCAACGCCAACAGCAACAGUGGCGGCUCCAUUGAGCGAAACAUCUGCAACGCAACAACAACAACCACAACAGCAAUCAGAAAUCCAAUCUUCGGCACCAACAAGCGGAGCAAACUCCGCACAAACCGAAGGCGAUUUGAAUUCUCUUGCUAAUACCAGAAAAUCUCGUAGAUUGCUUGAAAAAGAUCGCAGUACCAUUGAUGAUAUUAUUGAAGAUGUGGUGCGAAAUACCGCUGUGCCACCUGGUGCUGGACAACAAGUAUCGGCAACAACAGCAAUGUCCACAAAUAAUCCACAGCCCAUACCACUUCAGGCUGCAAAUGUGAUUUCCAAUGCCUUGCCAAAGGGUGCCCAAACACCGCCGCGAAGAUCAGGUCGCACCUCUGCUGCCACUCAGCCCAAAUCUAAGACUGGAAUUGUUGGCGAAUCAGCGGCAGCAGCAGCUGUUGGUAUAGCCACUACUACUCCCAAUGCCAUUGGUCGACCAAGAAAAUCCAAAGAUCGUAAAAGCAUUAAUGAAAUGGAUAGCGAACAGUCGAUUGCUUCACCACAGCCGCCAUCUAAAGGAAGUGGUGUGGUACAUGAAAUUGUAGAUUUGGAUGAUACACCAGAAAAUCCUUUAAAAUCUGGCACGCAAUCGUUGGAGGAUAAGCAACAGCCCCCUACUAGCGCAGUUGGUGGAUCGGUUGUACAACCACCGGCGACAUCAUCCACCGUGCCAGUUUCCGCAGCAGCACAACAAUCAAACACCAAUAUUUCUGCACCGCAGUCAGUUACCUCCUCCAUCAGCUCCACCAUACCACAACAUCCCAAAAAGAAGGCUUUGGCCGCUGCCGAAAUUGAGUCGUAUCAGAACCAAGGCACAGUGAAUACUUCAAAUAUUCAUUCAGCUCUCCCAUCGUGUGGUGGUGUUCCAAUGCUAAAUACCGCUGCACCUGCCUCGCAAAAGACAACCGGUGGUGCUGCAGCCGAUUCAGUUAAUAAACCCGUUAUAGACACAAACACUGCUGGCAUUGUGUCCGGGCAGCAAAUGCAGCAGGCUAAGGCUGGUAAUUUGCCGUCGGCCACUGCUGCUGCUCAACCACAGCGUCCACCGCUGGACCCCAAGAAAAUGAUGCAGGCUGCGGUAGCCGCAGCUGCCGCCGUAUCUGAGAGUAGUGUAAUGGGCAACAAACCGUUGUCCUCGACACCAUCCACCACAAUGUCUCAGGCAUCAGUGGCGACACCAAUAACUGCUCUUACCAAACCGGUGCAAGCUGAAACUGCCACAGCAGCUGCUGCGGCAGCAUCAUCGGUGACUACUGCCCUGCUCAAUAAGUCUUCGGUGAGCGUUGUCGUCAAGACUUCGACAGUUCCAUCAAGUCCGGCAACAGCGACACACAUUACCAGUCAACAGGUGGUAGCUCAGACCCACCAGCAACAAACCAGACCGGCUGACAUAUCAACUCCAACGAAGCAACCGAUCAUUAUGCAGCAGCAAACACCGCUGGUGAUGCAUGCUCAGCACACAAAUGUGAGGCCGCCAACGAGUCUAAAGGCGCAUGUGUUGAAUAGUCAAAAAUUACAACAACAGCAGCAACAACUGCAAAUGUCAGCUUCGGUUGGGGGACAACAACAGCAGCAGCAACAACAACAACAACAGCAUCACCAUCAGCAGUUGCACGCUCCGCAAACACCCUCCAAGCAACAGCAAACGCAUCAUCUGGUCCAUCAACAAUCUGGAACGGUGGUACAACAACAACCUCCUCCUCCUACUGGCCAUGUAAUACAACAAGCAAAUAUUGUACAACGUCAAACCCCACCACAGGCCCAAAUGGGUCCAAUCAAACAACAGCUGUUGGUGAAUAUACCACCACCAACAACUCAACAUUCACCACAUGCAACGGCCGCCAGUAAUUUGAAUUCACCAAGGAUGCAACAUCAACCACAGGUCACGAUGCCACAGCAGCCAGGUCAUCAGCAAUCAAUCAUCAUGAAACAAGGUGACGAGUUGCAUCCAUCGCAAAUUUUACAUGUGGUUAGUUCCAAAGCAACGCCUCCAACACCAAACAAAAGUGCUGCUGCUACCGGUGGUAUGGUGCCUUCUGCGGUUGCCACUUCAGCGGCCGCUGCAGCAGCCUCAAUGCAUCUAAUGCAACAGGCAGCAGUGGCGGUUGUAAAGCCAUUUAAUCCGUAUUUGCAACAAAACCAAACUUCUUCAGUUCAACAACAUCUUCCAACUGCUCACCAGCAAAUCUUGGCUGGCCAACAGAAAACAAAUACCUCAGCAUCAUCUUUGCCACUGGGACUAAUGGGUCUCGCCCAACAUUCUGCCAUGGUGAUACAAACCAAGACAUCUGCACCGCCAACACAAGCACCAUCAUCAUCGUCAACUGUGGCGACUGCAACAUCUGCAGCCCUCAGUCAUAUGCAGCAUACGGCCCAGCAUACUCCAUCGCCACCCUUACAGCAAGUUCCACAUUUGUCCAAAGCUCCGCCAACAAAUCCAAUGCUUCAUAGUUUACAAAGUCAAAGUGUUGCACGUGGUGUUCUCAGUGCCGUUGGUUCUCCACCACCCCAACAACAACAGCAACAGGCCGGAGGAAAGCCAUCCCCUCAGUCGACAUCAACAAUAACAGCAAAUGUUGUUGGUGGUGGCGCCAAUUUGCGAACGUCAGUGCCAACGAUUAGUCCACAAAGUCAAGCUCGCAUGGGAACCAUAUUGAUGCCUGGUGGUAUACAAGUGCCACCACACUUUGAAACAAAUCUGCAUGAUAUGAACACGUAUAAUAGUGCCCCUAAAGGCGUUGUACGCAAUGCACAUAGUCCUCCACCUGCUCAUCAACAAGCGUCUCCUAUAACACCGAAUGAUGCAACAUUCCCUGGUGGACCAAUACGUGCAGUUCCCACGCGGGAACAUUUGAUGAUAUACCAACAAAUAUUGCGCCAGCAUGAUGCUUUGAAUCCGCCCGCUUUGCGUGAAUAUGAUGAACAAUUGUUGGGCACCAGUCCACCAUUGGAAUUGAGAAGACCUAGCAGUGUACCACGGACAGUGGCUGUACCACACAGUCUACAAAGUCCUCAGGAUAGAGCAACUGAUUCACCCCAAGUGGCUCAAGUUUAUGUCCAUAAUGCACGUCUACCCGCCCAUGCACAUUACGAUGUAGCUGGUCGUCCCACUACGACUGGGGCUCCAGGUGGGCCACCAUCUGCAUAUUAUGAUCCUGCAAGGCAAUUGAAUUUGGAACCUCCACCUGCCCAUCGAUCAGCAACGGCUCAUAGUGUGGUGGCACCACCACCAACUGUAGUUGUACCCCACCCAUCGGCGGGCAGUAGUAGUCCAUUUAUGCCCUCCGCUCCGCCCGCAACGAAUGUACCACUAACUGCUGGUGGAACUUCAGCUGCACUACAUCACUCCAAACAAUUAAUGGAACGUGAAAGGGAACAACGCGACCGAGAGAGGGAACAACAGCUGUUGCGUGAAAAAGAACAAAUUCUCGUUAGGACAGGUGAUGCCCAUAAUAUGCAAGUGACAGCUGCAUCCUCAUCAUCGACACAUCAACUACCCCCACAUCCAGCCGUGGCACAUGGCCAAGUUCCACCACCACCUCAAGCAGAUUCACUGCUGACAUUGCUUCAACGGUAUCCAGUUAUGUGGCAAGGUUUGCUGGCCUUGAAAACCGAUCAAGCUGCAGUCCAAAUGCAUUUUGUCUUUGGAAAUCCGCAUGUUGCACGUGCCUCGUUGCCGUGCAACAGCGAUGGCAGUACACCACCAUUGCGUAUAGCACAGCGUAUGCGUUUGGAACAGACACAACUGGAGGGAGUUGCCAAGAAAAUGCAGUUUGAAAAUGAACAUUGUAUGCUGUUGGCGUUGCCCUGUGGCCGUGAUCAUGCCGAUGUCUUGCAACAAUCUCGCAACCUACAAUCUGGAUUUAUAACCUAUUUGCAACAGAAAAUGGCUGCCGGAAUUGUGAAUAUACCAAUGCCGGGAAGCGAACAGGCAGCCUAUGUGGUACACAUAUUCCCCUCAUGUGAUUUUGCCAAUGAAAAUCUAGAGAAGGCAGCACCAGAUCUAAAGAAUCGUGUAGCUGAUAUCGCUCAUCUGUUGAUAGUUAUAGCUACCGUCUAAAUACACCACACAAAACGUCCACAAAAAUACAAACUAACUAAACUGAUUAAGAAAUGGCAGGAAUAAUAUUACUUUAUUUCCUGCCACACUCUAAAAAUACCAAAAUCGUGAUUAUGAUGAUGAUGUUGGAUAAUAAAACUACUAUUACUACUAAUAAUAACAAUGAAAAAUGAUGAUGAUGAUCAAACCAAAUUUUAACGUAAAAAAGCAAAGUUAUUUUAAAACAACAAAUAGUGUGAUUUCAUGCUAUUAGUGAUUGUAAUAUUUAUAACAUAUAAACAAAAAACAAACAGAAGCAACAAACAAAAUAAGAAUAUUAAAAAACUACAAAUUUUUAACACAGAAAAUAUAUAAAUGAAAAGAAAACGUAAGAAAUACAAAUUCACCAGACUCUAGUUAGCGAUGAAACUAAAAACAAAACAAGAAGAAAAAAAAACGGUUAAGAUAAAUAUCUUAAAACACAACACAAAAACAAAAAAAUGUAUAAAGAAAAAAAAAAACAAAACACGAAAAGAUAAUAAUAUUUAAACAGUUCCCCCUCCCUUCUUUUCACCCUCUUGUACUAUACAAUAUGAACUAUAUAUAUACAAAUGCUAAUAUAAUAAUAUUUAUAAAAAAAAUAAUAAUACUGGAUCCUAAGUGUUUCUUUUAAUUAUAAAUAACUUAUAUAAUUUUUUUUUGUAAGGUUUUCAAACACACAACAAUAUAUAUAAAUAAUAAACUUUUUGUAUAGGAAACAAAAAUACAAACAAACAGCUGUUAUAAGUUGAUGUUGAAUUUGUUUUUGUGAAAAAGAAGAAGGAAAGAAAUAGAAGCAAAGAAAUAAGCAUAAUAUUAAAUUAUUAAGAUUUUUGUUUUAUUUAAUUAUUUUUUUAAUGUUAAUCAUAUAUAAACUUUUGCUCUAAUAAUGAACGUAUAGACUAUAGUUUGAUAUAUUACGUAUUUUUUUAAUUUUUAUUAUUUUUUAUAAUUUACCGUUAUUUUUACGUAAUUAGUUUAUUUUCUAAUUUUAAUAAUAUAUUAUAAUAAGGUAAUAAAAACAGUUAAACAAAAUACAAACAAAAACAAUUACAUACAUUAAUUUAUUAUUAUUAUUUUUUGAUCUCAAUGACGACGACAACAUAUGAAAAAAAUAAAAAGUAAAAUUCAAAAUAAAAUAAAAAAACAAAAAAUAUUAUAUAUUGUAACUCCUGUCCGUAUAACGUAACAUGUUAAUAAAAAUAACCCAAAUUUUUGUGUCUAUGUUAAAUGUAUUCUGAAUCAAGUCCCAAAGUGAAAUGAAAAUGUUUAAGUGUUUUUUGAAAUUUUUAUUUUAUUUUUGUUUUAAAUGUUUUUUUUUUUUUUUUUUGACGAGUGUGUUUAAAUGUUAUUUAAAGUUCAAUUUUAAUUUUGCAUUGUUAUUGCAUAUGUUUUAUAGAAUUUUCCAUAUUUUUCCGCCUGAGAAGCUUUUAAUUUUAAGUUUUUAGAAUUUUUUAUUAAAAAUGGAAAAUUUCUAUAUACCAUAUUUAUGUAUUGCCGCAAUACAUUUGGGAGGAGGAAAGCCUUUACUUUAUUUUUUGUUUUUCAAAAUGGUGAUGGCAGUUACACUUUACCCCGAAAAGGAUCAAUUAUUAACUCAAGAAUGAGACAUGCUAUAAAAGUACGAAGAGAUAUAGAAAAGGGAAACUUCCACUUUUUCUGUAGAUUCUUCAUUGGUGUGAAUUUUAAAAUCAGUUUUUCUCAACUUCCUUGAAAAUAGUUUCAUAUUAAAAUAACAAUUUUUUUGUUGGUGUAUCUUUUUCCAUGGCCGAAACAAAAAAUAAAUUCAAUGCUUUCAAGAAAACAAAUGUAAAUACGUUUUAUAUUUAGAU